CCCCCUUCCCAAUGUGGUUAUUGUGUUAGACCAUCGUGUUUGUAUUUUAGUGUUAAAUCUGUUAGAAUUGUUAUGGUUUUGGAGCUCAGGAGUCUAAAAGUCCGGGCACUGGGUCCCUCCCCUCCCCUCCCUUCUUUCAAAAUCCUUCAAUUAAUCAGGUAUGCAAAGCUCCUCUCAACAGGUACAGGAACACCCACAGGAUCUAGGGAUUAGGACAGGGACAGCUCCAGGAGAGGAGUGUGGCUGGACUAGAACUGGAGCAGCAGUCCGGUCCCACUACGAGGCUGUAAGGCCCGCCACGCCCUGAGAGGGGCGAACCACGCGUCCCGCCGGGGGAGAGGGCGCUUGCGUGGGACCACGUGGCGGCGCAGCCUCAGCGCGCCUGCUUGAGAGAACGCGUGGGCCCCUUGGCUGCGGGCACGGUACCUCGGCGUGGCCGGCGACUGCUCCUGGGCGUUGUGGCUGUGACAGAACGCACAGCUCCUCAGCGCCACCCUUUCCGAGGGGACCAGGCCCGGCGACCACCUCAGCGCGACGCCCUCAGGACACCGGGGUUCUGCGAUUCCAACCGUCAAGGAGGGUGGGCCCUCAGGCCAGGCAGGCAGGAUGGACAGGGACUAUGCUGCAAGCCCGCUGCCACCACAGCCGGGGCCGCAACUCGUUGCCAGCUGCAGGUGGAGAUGGGCAACACAGUCUUGACCCCUUUGGUCCACCAGUACUGGGACCAGAAUGAGGACCCAGUCUUCUCAACGGCCGGGUGUGAGGUCAACUUUAAGGACCUCAAGACUCUCCACAGAGCUGCCUACGACGGCGACCUCUACGACAUGAUGGACCUGGUCCAUCUGAAAAGAAAUAAAUUAAAUGCAUAUGACAAGAAGAAGAGGAGUGCUUUGCAUUUGGCUUGCAUAAGAGGCUAUGCCAAGGUGUCCACUAUGUUGAUCUACAAGGACUGCGAUCUGAACAUCAGAGAUGCUGAAGAAAGGACACCUCUGAUAAAGGCCGUGCAAUGCGAGAGACCUCAGUGCGUCACUCUCCUCUUAGAACGUGGCGCAGAUCCCAACAUUACAGAUAUCCACGGUAACUGCGCUCUCCACUAUGCUGCCCACAGCGGCAAUGUAGAGAUUGCAACAAAACUCCUUGAACAUGGUGCCGCUACAGAGAUAAUGAACAAGAAAGACACCACACCAGUCUUCCUUGCUCUGAAGGAAACCCAUUCAGAUGUGGUGGAACUUUUAAUUAAGCAUAAGAACAGCCCUCAUGCUUGCUGUUGUAAUUGUAAUUCGGAAAGCUUAGUGGAUCUUCUUUUGGAGCAAAAUAUUAAUGUCUUUGCGGAAGAUUUAUUUGGACGGACUACAGAUAAUUUUCUUCUUCCUGACUCUGAAAGGAGCCGAGGUUGGUUUCAGCACGUACUGCUUCGUAUUGGUGGUGGUUUGCCUGAAUGUGAGGAUGUGAAGCUGAAAUUGGAAGAGAUCAUCAGUGUAAUCAGCCCAGUGUUGGACAAGUGUUUUGCAUCAGACCCUGGAGUGAAAAUCGUAGCUGAGCCAGGCAGAUAG